AUGCCGCGGGAGAGCAAUCGUGGGAGGUUGCGUUCACAUGAGGCCUGCCUGAACUGCAGACCGGUCCAAGCGACCCGGCAAGAGCAAACUCGCGAGGAACUUAGCGAUAUUCCAGAAACCACAUACUCGAAGAACAGCAAUCCCUCAUCGGGGGAACCAGCCUACGAGCGCUUUUCUCCCGGGUCUGGUUCUCUAUCCCUGGGAUAUGGAAAUGACGACUCAAAUGCCCAUCCGUCUCAAGCUGCGGUGAGUAAAGGCUUGGAACUCUAUUUCCAUUUCUGUCACCGGCAGCCGAUCUGGUGCUUCGAUUAUGACGACCUUGAAGACAAAGGCAGUCUCUCAGACGAGCUUAUCUACAGCAUCCUGGCCCUGACUGCGCGCUUUUCGCGCGAGCCGGGUCAGUCGCAGCGUUAUGGAAGUACUGCCCGAACACUGAUCAUGCUCCGCGUGGCAAAUGGCACCGUGGACCUCGAAACCAUCGAAAGUCUAUGUCUGCUAGCGUAUUCUUCAUUCAUAGAUGGAGAUGUGCACCUUGGUCGAUUUCACCUUGGCCUCGCCUUUCAACUGUGCCGGUCGGCGAUGAUGGACAUGGAAUCUGGGUACCUUACCGAGAGUCCGUUGACUGAACGGAAGAAAAGACUUUUCUGGAGUCUACAAUCCCUAGAGCAGACUUAUGGCCAACAAAAUGGGUUUCUCAGUGUCCCGGCAGAGAUCCUACGGCCUUACCCAGCCGGCGGAGAUCAGGGCUCUCGAACGGGAUUUGAGCCACGGCCACCCCAGUUACCGCGGGAUGAUAUCGGAUGUUCCAUGCCCAGCGAUAUCGGGAUUUGGAGCCUUGCUGUUCAUUUCGGAUGGGUCUGGAGCAUGGUCCGAACGUAUGUGUCCGACUGUGCGCAAAAUCGACUCAAGGAGCCCUGGCGACAUGACUCGAUGUACUCAAUGAUCCUGUCGGACCUGACGGAAGUUGAGAACAAGCUCUCGCAGUGCCAUCGAUAUGACUCGGUCAAGUUUUACAAGCGGAAGGCAGAAGAGCUACGCAUGAACCGAGGGUACUGGACUCCCUGGCUAAAAUUGCAGUUCACGUAUCACUGCAUCUUGACGGUGCUGAAUCAUCCUUUUCUCUAUAUUGUAGCGUCACAGUCGAAUCCGAAUCUCGCCAUCCCCAACGCCUUCUGGCGACGGUCGUCCGAGCUGGUCCUAUUGCACGCGACCUGGCUGGUGCGCAUGAUCGACAUGGUCUCAGAAAAGAAAAUGCGGCUCAUCGACCCAUUCUUUGGACACGCCGCUGCCAUCGCCGCGACAGUACAUCUUUAUUAUUGCUGCGCCGCCGAUCCACGGCUCAAGCAGAAGUCGAAAAUCGACUUCGACAAAUGCCGAGGCUUUCUCAAAAGCUUUGUGCCGUUCUCUGCAGCCUGUAAAGCUUUGGACCAAACUCUAGAGAAGAUGACCCGGAUUGCAUGCGGGUCGGAAAACGUGAACUACGACUGGAUGCCCGCCAAAAUCCACCUGAGUAUCCCAUUGAUGUGGGAUCUUCUCCAGAUUAAUUGUAUGCCCGAGCCACAGUCGAUGUCUGGGGGCUUACUACACCCCACGCUGAUUCCUGCCAUCUCGCGAGAUGACGCCGGGGAGAGCUCCUGUACGCUGGAGGUCAUCGUCGCCAUGUCCCCGGAAGUCACCGUCAAUACUGCGGAUGGUGGCCAGGCUGUCCACAUACAGCCCAGCAUGCCCAACAUCUCAUCGGCGCCCUCUACGCCUAGCAGCCUUGCCCUCGCCGACAAAUUGGUGGCGCCGGCCGACAGCCUCAUGAUGAAUACCCCCUGGCUCUGGACAGGACAGUUUCCAGACAUGGAGAACAUGGACUAUCAGGAAGCUGAGUCCGCGAUGGGUAAUAUUGAUGGGUUUUCAACAUGGUGGGACUUUGGGAAUCUCUAA